CGAACCUUCGUCGACGUCGACGUCCUCGCACCGUACGUACGUUCGUGCAUACAUACGAGUGUGUUCGAGGAUGCCUGUCCACUGGGUCAUCGUCGUCUCGCUCUGCGUCGCGCUCACCACCUCCGUCCACAGUGCAGCAGCAUCCGCUCCGAAAUCAUCUUCGAAAGCUGCUGCUGGUGGCGGUGGCGACGUCUUCAGCAAUUCCUUUCUGGUGCGCUUCGGAAGGGACGUCGACCCCGACGAGGCCCACCACGUUGCGGUCAGGCAUGGAUUCGUCAACAUGGGACCGCUGCUGGGCUCACGACAAGAGUACCAUUUCGUCAGCAGGGCCCUUCCUGCAGCGAGGACCAAACGCAGUAUUCCGCACAUGCGAAAACUCAAAGUUGAUCCAUUGAUUCACUCGGUUGUCCAGCAGCCAGGAUUUACGCGCGUAAAGAGAGGUUACAAGCCUCUUCGAGUGGAAAAUUUGGUGAAGAAUAUACAGCCUCACAAGGAUCCCACCGAUCCGUACUUCUCGUUCCAAUGGUACCUGAAGAACACCGGUCAGAACGGAGGAAAAGCUAAGCUCGAUCUCAACGUCGAGGCGGCUUGGGCCCAAGGCGUCACCGGCAAAAACAUAACAACAGCGAUCAUGGACGACGGUGUGGAUUACAUGCAUCCCGAUUUGAAGUUCAACUACAACGCCGAGGCUAGUUACGACUUCAGCAGCAACGAUCCUUAUCCGUAUCCAAGAUACACCGAUGACUGGUUCAACAG